CAGCAAUUCCGGAAGAUGGUGCAGAGCCGCAAGUCCUUCAACUUCCGCAGCCAGCAGAAGGUGGCGAGCCAGCAGAAGGAACUCCAGAAUCUGAAAGCAGAACACGAUGAACUCAUGCUGGUGCUGGGUCUCCUCAAGUCCUCGAAAAGUAUAGACAUGAACCAGAAGAACUACAUGGAGCUGAGUUUCCUGAUGCAGACCAAGCAGGACUACGAGGCCCUGAUUAAGUCCAUGAAGGUGCUGCUGGCUGAGCUGGAUGACAAGAUUGCUCAGAUGGAAAGGAAAAUCACAAACCAAAAACAGAUCUUCAUGAAAAUACAAGAGUCGAAUAGCCCCCGGAGACUGCAAAAACAGAUCCACAUUUUGGAAACGCGUCUGAAUCUCGUCACAGUCCACUUUGACAAGAUGAUGACCACCAACGCCAGGCUCCGGGCAGAGAUCAAGACCCUCCGCUUCGAGAAGGCCGCCUACGACAAUGUCUACCAGCAACUGAACAAGCGCCUGCUCAUGCAGAAGAAAACCAUGAACAUGGCCAUCGAGCAGUCUGCUCAGGCCUACCGACAGAGAGUGGAGGCCAUGGCUCGGAUGGCCGCCAUGAAGGAGCGCCAACAGAAGGACAUCGCUCAGUACAACCUGGAGAUUCGGGAGCUGGAGCGUGUGUAUGACCAUGAGAACAAGCUCAAGUCCUUCCUGCUCUUCAAGCUCAACGACCGCUCUGAAUUUGAGGAACAGGCCAAACAGGAAGAAGCUCUCAAGGCCAAGAAGCACGGGAAGCAGAGCAAGGGGGAGAGCUUCGAGAGCUAUGAGGUGGCUCACCUGCGGCUGCUCAAGCUCACCCCCAACGGAGACCUCAACCAGCUCAUUAAGGACUUCGUGGCCAAGGAGGAGAAGAACUUCGCUCGGUUUACCUACGUCACGGAGCUCAACAAUGACAUGGAGAUGGUGCAGAAGAAGACCCAGGAGAUCCAGGACGCCAUCAUUCACCUGCGAUCCCAGCAACAGGUGUCCCACGACAACAGCCGCGUGGUUCUGAAGCAGAUGGAGGACAGGCUGAAGCUGGCCACGGAGGCGGCGGACCUGUGCGAGCGGCAGCACGGCGAGCUGAGCCAGGUGCUGGCGCGCCUCAAGGCCUCGGUGGAGAAGCUCUUCCGGAAGAUCCGGUGCGACGCCUCCAGCAUCCAGGGCCACCUGGGCGAGACGGGCGCCAUCAGCGACCUCAACCUCCCCCAGUACUUCGCCAUCAUAGAGAAGAAAACCAACGACCUGCUCCUGCUGGAGUCGAACCGGCGGUUGCAGGAGGCGGAGCGGGCCAAGGCCCCAACCAGCUUCGUGAACCCCUUCUGGGGCGGCUCGGGGCUGCUCAAGCCCCCCGAGCCCGUCAGGGUGGUGCCCCCCGUCAUGGGCUUCGACCCCUUCAUCGACAAGCUGGAUGACCUGGAGCGACCGAUGGAGUACGGCGCGCUGCGGCAGCUCGUGCUGGAGGCCGGUGGCCUCACGAGGGAGAGCGGCGGCCCGCGGGAGCGCGAGGGCCGGCGGGACACGCGCAACUACACGCGCGACCACGACAGGGCCCGGCGCAGCGGCUUCUGA